AUUUCCUAACUUUAUCAAAUAUGUCAGGUAGAAGGUCAAAUAGAGAAAUUCUUACCGGGGGUAAGAAGUAUAUUCAGAAGCAGGGCAAGAAGUUUGGUGUGGAUGAAGUUGUUUUCGAUAAAGAUUCUCGUCAAGAUUAUUUGACAGGUUUCCAUAAACGAAAAGUCCAGAGACAGAAGAAAGCACAAGUAUACAUUAAAGAACAGGAAAGAUUAGCCAGAAUAGAAGAGAGAAAGAGAAUACGGGAUGAAAGAAAGCAAGAUUUACAAGAACAGUUAACGAAGUUUAAUGAAACCGUGAAGGAAAUUACUCACUAUAUGGAAUCUGGUGAUGAAGAAGAGGAUGACAGCUGGGAUGGAUUUAAGGAUGAUCUACUGGUAAACAAAGACAGUGAAAACGGACCAGAAGAUAGUGGUGUGGAUGAUAAAGGCAUUGCAAAGGCCAAACCGGUUCCCCGUGGGAUACUAAGACAUGAAGAAGUGUAUAAGAUUGAAGAUCCUACGCUGUUUGCCGAAACCGAUGCUGUCAUAGACGAAGACACUACCGUGACAGUUGAGUCAAUGGAUAAUCCGAUGAUGGCCAGCAUUCAGCAGAUCAGUUUGGAAGCCAAAGCUAAAGCUAACUUUGUUGAUUUAAGUAAAGCUGAUGAAAUCCUAGACCAAUCGAUAAAGAGAGCCCAAAAUUACGCUGUGAUCACUGGGGCUGCCAAACCAUCACACAAGGAUAAGGUGAAACGGAAGAAGUUCAGGUAUUUGACUAAAACAGAAAGAAGAGACAACAACUCCAAGCAAAAGUUGAAGAAGCUCAAAUCCAGAAAAAGAGCUUUGGAUUAAUACACCUAGAAAUCUAAACUUACUUUCAUAAUAUACAAUUGCAUAACUA